GACCGAUCAAAAUCCCAGGGGUUUUCAGCUUGAUCCCGGGGUGGCACGUGCUGAGCGGCUGUCAGAGCAUGACUGUUUACAGCCAGGACGUCAAUAGUGCGGCUCAAAUAGAUCCAUCAAAUUUUAAGCCCCCCAAUAGUGCAUUUGAAACUGCAUGAAAGAGAGCAGGCAUUGAUGCUUGAUUAAAAAGUGGCAAAAAGUCCAUCAUGUUUUUGUUUUCUUGUCCUUUCUCCUCCAGAGUUCCUCUCCGCGUCACUCAUUUUUGGCCCUCUGUUUCGUAGUUCUUCUUGAACAAUUACAUUCGUUUUCAAACAACAACAUCAACUUAACUACCUCGGGUAGUUGGACAGACGAUAUGAGGUCUUGGUUGCUCUGCAUCAGCGCCGGCGUCCUGGCCGGCGUGUCCAACGCGGCUUGUACCAACAAGUGCGGCUCCAACAAGUGCUUGGGUGCUAUUGCUGCCGACCCUGCGUUCGGAGAGUCGUUCUGCUCUUCUUGGUUGGCCUUGGAACCCGCUACCACCACCGUCACCGAGGUCGAGACGGUCACAUCGACUCUGCUCAAUGUCGAGACGGCCUUAACGACACUCACUGUCACCACGGCAACAUUUACAGUGACUGGCAGCGAACGUUCGACCAUCUACCAGAAGCGAGCUCCCACCAUCACCGAAGCUGAUCCAGCCUUGCCCGACCCGACAGAUGUCAUUGCCUCCCAGUGUUCGUCCAACGAGGAUCGCAUCAGCAAGGCCUGCAGCUGCAUUCUGUCAACCGCUACCGCGUCUACCGUGACCGUGUUGGAGACCGCUGUUACUACUGCCGUUGUUGAGGCCGAGAGCACCGUUGUUGAGACUGUCACGGACAAUGUGGUGGCUACCGUCUCCGUCGCCGCCCCAGCCGUCACGAUCCCCGCCAACAUCAUCGUCAACGGUGGGUUCGAGGACUACUUGGAUACCGGCAACAUUCUCCCAUGGACUGAUACAAAGGAUUCUACCGGCGGAAGGUUUGAUGUCGUGAACGGCGUGAACCCCUGCAUGACAGGUGGCUCUUACUGUGCAGGCGGCCGAGUUGUCGUCCGCCCCUACCCGCCUACCACCGGUUCCAAAUACAUCGCCAUACGCGAGACCUUCGUCGGGCGCCCGUCAACCACUUAUGCGUUCUCUUUCUUGUAUCGCUGCCUCAACUAUGACGCCGGCACCAGCAUUGACAUCCUGUACAAGGGCAGUGUCAUCGGUAGCGUCAACCAGUGUUACAACAGCGCUGCCUUUUACCGUCCCACCGGCAUCACAUUCACCACCGAUGCCACGGGUCAGGGUGAGGUCGAGGUGCGCUUCCGCAAUUCCGGCGCCACGCCGUAUCUCUAUUUCUACGCCGAUGACUUCAAGGCCAUUGCUGUGUAGACUGGGCAACGCAUCAAGGAUGGGUGGGGCGCGACAGCUGUUGGAUGUUACCGUCCGGGGCAUGGACAGUGGGAUCUAGUAUAUAUCGUCUGUUAAUACUAUAUACGUAAUACAUCUACUUCUUCCACUGGG